GAAAAGAGCCUGUGGAGUGGGAGUCCGAGAUUGGGGCUGCGCGACCAACAACCUGGCCACCAUUUUAAUUGAACCCCAAUCGAACAGCUGACGUACCGCAGGCCCCGUUAGUUAGUUAGUUUUCCCCGAUCGCGUUGCACAUCACAUCUCCCAUUACAGCGCUGCAGUCCAAGCAAACCGGUUUGUCGCCUCUCGAUUUUUCGGCGGUCUCAACUCACAUUCAUUUCCCACUGCUCCUCGGGUGCCAACGAACUCGCUGGGCCUUCCAAACACCGCCGCCACCGUCCUUUCAUUCAGUUCGGUUCCGUUUGGUCCGGGAAAGGCAGUAUGAAAAACGUUUUGGAUGUCAUGUCGUUGCAGCAGCACGUGGAGUCGAACAAGGCGCAGACCAUGAAGCCCAUCGACUAUCGCAAACUGAACAAACCCGGUGUGGUGCCGAUGUACAUCUUCGAGUGCGCAGCCAAGUUGAAAAUGAAGCCCUUGACGGCGGCCUGUGCGGCCAUAGUCUACCACCGCUUCUUCCGGGAGGUCAAGGCCAGCGACUACGAUGAGUUCCUCAUUGCCGCCUCCUCGUUGUAUCUGGCUGGCAAAAUCAAGGACGACGAAAGCGUCAAGAUACGCGAUGUAAUCAACGUGGCAUAUUGCACCCUCAACCGGGGAAACGCUCCACUGGAUCUGAACGAUGAGUACUGGUCGAUGAGGGAUGCCAUUGUCCAGGCCGAGCUGCUCAUCACACGCACCCUGGGCUUCGAUCUCAACAUAGAUCUGGCCCACAAGUACUUACUACACUACAUGAAGACUCUGCAAGACUGGGUGGGCGCCGAGGUGUGGAACUCGGUGCCCAUUGCCAAGGCCGCGGCCUCGUAUCUGCAGGACUUUCACCACAGCGCCAAUAUCCUCAAGUUCAAGCCCACCCAUGUGGCCAUUGGCUGCCUAUCGCUGGCUCUCCAGACCUACGGCAUCCAGGUGCCGCUCACCGACGAGUCCGACGAAUCCGCCAUGUGGUACAAGCCGCUGGUCAAGGACUUCACCCGCGAGAACCAGUGGGAGAUCAUCGAGAACGUGAUCGAGGUGUACAGGCAUGAGGCCUUCCUGAAGGCCGCCUAAUCCCUCCGAGACUGCCAAAUCCAUUCCUUGCUCCAUCUGAAUUUAUUUAUUUCCCCCUCACGCCUCAUAAGCCUAUCUCAGUUUACACGCGACAUAUGCUCAAAUGUCCACUGCAUUUACAUGCUUUUAACAAAACAAAAAAUUCUACCUGGAAAGCGAUGAUAGUAUGCUCAAAAGACGAGAGUUACUAUACCCAGAGCCGACAUCUUAGAACUAUUCCUCAAUUUUAACUAUGUAUGUAUUUAUACAAUAAGGAAAUAAAAAGGUGUUUUGUUCUAUGGAA